CGGCAGCUAGUCGAGGAUCCCACACCCGCCCCCUGUUGCUGUGCCUGGCCCUGUACAGUACCGGCUAAACCCCCGGAUCUCCCUUUCAAGCGAACCAACAACGGCAGUCGAACGCUCGUAGAGCUCGUCUCGCAGCCAGAACGAGGAACUGCACCGCCGCCGUCACAUCUGCCCACGCCUCACUCGCAGCCGUCCCGCAACGAGCUCGCCGGCCCACAACACCAGCAACAUAAGCGCCGUCAGCGACUAGGAGGCUCGCCACAGCCGACGCCGUUGUCUGCGGUCCCAGCGCGUUGGAUCGCGCAAGCAGCGAAGGAGCUGAGUCGUGAGAUUCGCUUCCCCCCCGGCGGCCUCGUGAAGGAGUCGCAGCGACCAUCAGGCCCAGAUCGGGCGUCUUAGGAGCGCUGCUGGUGCGGCUGCGUCUGCAAUAUGAACCAAGUCCUUCCACCGUCUCUGCCAUUGGCAUCGGAAAACCCCUUCUCUUCGGAGCAAGAAUGCAUAGAUCACAUUGGUGCUCAUGCACAUCAUAGUCCCUUCACCGCUGGCGUUUCCGAUCAGCUCAGGCGCGAUAGCACACUGGGCCAGUCAGCGACUGGCAUUCCGCUGAGCUCCAUUUCAGGGAGAUACACCUCUCAUCGUCCCGAAGCCCCGUAUCAAUCUAGUGCGGCUCUUUCCGACACAGGAUCAGGCUCUAUCUCUGCCUCACCCAGCUCCAACUCAUCCUCGCAGCUAGCCUACACAUCUCUCGGCGCCUCUUCCAGCUAUUUUCACAACCCACUUCCCAUAGCAAACUAUAAUACUGGGUACUACGCCACUAUGUCGUCGACUCGACGGACAUCCAUGAUGACUGAGCCUUCACCAUCGGUUAUGCUGCCUCCAGCACGAUCACCAGGGAUGGGUAACCCCGUGUCACCGUCCAUGGGUGCGUCGGCCAGGGAUAAUUAUACUACAUCUACACCAGGCUUGUCUCGACACCCACACGCACUCUCACCUCGCCAUUCCGACGGUUCCCGUUACGGUUCUCUUCCUGAGACACCCAGGAGCGUUGUUGCUGCCACCAUGCCUUUGAACACGUCAUAUUCCAGCUUACCUAUGAGUGGCUACGGAUCUCAGGGCGACCGCAGCGAGGGAAGCCCUCCCUUCAACACCCAAGAGGAUUACUGCAACCUCAUCUGCGAUGGGUCCAAGAUCACACCAAGUAUUGACGCAAAGAUCGAGAAAGGGUUCUUCUUGUCCGGUGAUAGCGUCUGGACCUGCUACAGAAGGAACUACUUUGCCGUGAACGUCCACUACAACCUACAUCCAUGGGUGAACAACGGCCGUCUUUACCUGGACCAGGGCGGAGGCAAGCCCCAGGAACAAGUGCAGUCCAUGGCUGUAUCGUUGGCCGCAGCGGUGGACGGUUCUGGUGGAAAGACCAUUGAACUGAUCCAACAUACGCCCAAACGUGAUAAGGGACCACAAUUGCAGAUGAAGAAGGAGCUGCUCUCACCAAUGCCCCCUGGGAAAAACCACGAGCACGGUAGCUAUGGUCUCAGCACAUUCCACCCGUCCAGUCAAUCGCCUGGCUUUCUACUCCCUCUUCAAAAUGAAUCGGAUUCCUCCCAGGCGUACUCGCCCACCAGCCAUGCGCAAAACAGCUAUCAGCACGGUUUCGAACGCAUACAGUUCAAGUCAGCUACUGCUAAUAACGGCAAGCGUCGAGCGCAACAACAAUACUUCCACCUGAUUGUCGAGCUCUGGGCAAACGUACAAAGUCACCGGGAUAACGAGGCUCGCUGGGUGAAAGUGGCUGCGCGGGCUUCUCAUCCGGUCGUGGUCCGUGGUCGAUCACCGAGUCACUAUUCAAACGAAGGCCCACACAAUGCGGGUGCCUCUCGAGGUGCUGGCAGCGGUGGUGGUCCAGGGCAGGGCCCCCAUGGGUAUGGUGCCAACGGCACUCAAUACACCACCGGCUAUCGCAACGGCCUGGCGGGCGGCGGAUCAUCGGGACUCGGCAGUGGCAUGUACAGAGGUACUACCUACUCUCUGGAUCCGAGCCCUUUGGGCAGCCAUUCCGUAAGCUCCGCAAGUUCGCUCAGUGGGGGCCCAGUGGAAAAUUUUGUGGGCGACCAUCACAUGGCAGAAGAUGAUGACAGCAAGAUGAUCCAAUCGCACAACGACUACCAGUACUACCCAGCUCCAAUCUUUGAGGCGUUACAACCCAAAGUCGAAACUUCAAUGCCUCCAAGCCUCGACAGAAGAAUCAAGGAGGAGUAUCCCGUCUCGACUGGUCUGGGUUCCUCAUGGCAAGUCGGAGGAUGCGGUCGCUUCCAAGGCAUGGAGACGAGCCGUGGUUAUUAUCCAGAUAUACAUGCGCAACAUGCGCAUGCCGCAGGCUACUGAUGGGCGAGCGUGCCUUGCACCAAUUUGUCAUCGCUGUUGGCGGGGUCGGCUCCAAGCGUAGCAAAACUGAUCACGGAGAUCCCGUCCGCACGGUCCCCUCUCAAUACGCAGCAGCAACCCCGAUUCCAACAGGAUGUUC